AUGGAAAAUGGCGAAAUAGUACACACAGAUGCUGAAAAGUCCAUAUAUAGCAUUCUUAGAGAGGAACGCAAAAGACAAGAGAGCGCGGAGGCGGCCAGAAAGCAGCAGCACGUGAUGGAUAACCCGAUCCUAGCCCACAUACACUCAAAGGCGUUCUGGAAAGACUUCCAAACGCGCUCUAUGACUAUUCUAGGGCUUUUUUCGUUUUCGUACGUUUUCCGCGCAUCACAAAAAAGGCUUCUGGACACGCUUACAUCCGGCAGAGCCGAGCUGGCGUCGCAGAUCGCGGCUGGAUCUAUUCUUGCUCUGAACAUACUGGCUGCAAUUUUCUUAAAGAAGACACGCGUCAUGAAAAGCCAGGCAAACAACUUUAGAGAGUACAUAGCCAUAGGCGCACUUCUUGGCGUGUAUGUUGCUAACUCCCAGAAGCCAGGCGGCCAGUCGAGCCUGCUGGCGUUCAUCGUUCUGUGCGCGCUGUCAAUCUCGGGGGCUUGGUCCUUCAAGAAAACAUCCACCCAGCCCCUCAUUAAGGGGUACCUGGUUCGGAAGGUCCUGACUAUUUUUAUGUGCGUGACGCUUGUGGCCGGGCUUGGGUUUGGAUAUGCAAGCGCGUACAUCACCGAAGGCUCUCCCUCGUGCGUCUUCCAGUGCUCUCUUUUGCUUGCAGGGUACACAGCCUCCUCGCUUGUAAUACAGUACGAUCGGUUCACUAGAAUGGAGGAGAUAAUCGCCUACGACAUGCUGAAAAUGCUACUUUCCACAGUUUUUCUUCUUUUCUGGACCUUUGCAGGGUUUAUGUACAGAACAACCAACACUCUUGCAAUAGAAAAAAUAUUGAUGGGCCCUAUUUUCAUGUUUUCCACAUGCCUGUCCAUGAUACAGCUGCUGAUCAAGAGCUGCGAGGCCGACAUCGCAUACUACUCCAUUCAGGAGCACAGCCGCCUAAGAGUCAUGCCCACCGCCCACAUAUACAACACUCUGUUUCAAAUAAUGGUGUUUUUUUUGGCCGUUGGCGCAAUUCUUGUGUUUGCAUUAGAUGAUCGAUACAAGAUAAGCCUCCCGACCUUUUUUACACUAAAGGAGAGCGCCAAAAGCCUUUCUCUAAACAAGUAA